AUGGGCAGUAUCACUGAGUCCCAGGAACCAUUGCGCUUUUUUGCAACCGGCGAUAAACAUGAAUCCGCUUCCUCCGCGCGGCCCCCGACAUACGUGCAGGUGCUGAUUGUAGGUGCUGGCUUCGCCGGGCUAAUGGCAGCGCUCGAAUGCUGGAGGAAAGGCCAUGAUGUGGUCGGGAUUGUCGAGCGCAACCAAGGCCCCAACUACAGCGGCGAUCUCAUCAUCAUCCAGCCGUCUGCACUGGAGAUCAUGAAGCACUGGCCCCAGAUGCGCCGCGAACUGGAGGAAGACAAGGUCACCGUGGGCACAUACUACUACCGCCAUAAUGGCGAGCUCGUCGAUGGGCCCGCUCAUCCAAACUACAAUGCGCCCGAGUAUGUGGCCGAGCGUGAGGCGCGGCCGGGCGGGUUUCCCUACGUUGGUGCUGUGCAGAUCCGGAAAAAGUUCUAUCGCAUGCUCUUGCGCCAGGUUGCGAGGCUGGGCUUCCGGGUGGAUUAUGGUCAGCGCGUCGAGAGCUACUUUGAGGAUGAUAGUGCUGGAGUUGCCGGUGUUCGGAUGACGGACGGAUCCAUUAGAAAAGCGCAUGUGGUCGUCGCUGCAGAUGGCUUCCGCUCUCGCUCCGAGCUGCUGAUUGCCGAUGAGUAUCUGCCCACCCAAUCCAGCGGCAUGUCCGUGUACCGCACAGCCUUCCCAGCCAAGCUGGCGCUCGCAGACGAGGCGGUCCGCCAGCGCUGGGGAGGGAAGCACACCUAUGAGUUCUGGAUGGGGUCUGGCAUGCACAUCGGGUUAUACCUGUCGCCCGAGCUGGCUGCGUUCGGCAUCACGCCGCGCGACCAUCUCCUCGCCAAGGACAAGGUUGCACGUGAGUCGUGGGACCCCGACGUGAGCCCGGACGAGGUGAUCGACGUGCUGCGCCGGGCCAAAGUGCCAGGAGACAGCAUCAUCCACUGGCCGCUGCGCUGGCGCAACCUGCGUCGCGAAUGGGUCUCGCCCGGUGGUCGUGUAGUACAGAUCGGGGACGCAGCGCACUCCACAGUGCCAUCCUCAGCCGCAGGCGGUACCCUGGCCCUCGAAGAUGCUAUUACGUUGGCUACAAGCCUGCAGAUUGCCUCGAGCCCGGCCGCUGCCUCUGGACCAGGCGCUGGUGCCGGCGCGGGCGUCCCACUCGGCACUCGAGUGUACAACCUGCUACGGUACGAGCGCGCGAGCUGCACUCAGAAAAUGGCCUUUGUCAAUGCACAGGUUCUUGGCGACACCACAGACUGGGAUGCUGUGAGAGCCGACCCGAGCAAGGUCCGCGUGCGCUAUCCCAAGUGGUUCUUCCGCCACGACCCUGAAGGCUAUGUGUAUGAAAAGUAUGGCCAGGCAUUCGCCCAUUUGGUCAGCGGAGCUGAAUUCCACAACACAAAUAUUCCACCUGGCCAUCAAUUUGUGCACUGGACACUGGAGGGAAUCCAUCGGGAAAUGGCGGCCGGGAAGAAGGUGGAGGACUUACUGGAUGGAGAUUGGACGUAG